GCCGAAGACUGCAGGGCAUACCUGGAGGUGUGAUGAGCACCUUCAGAAGCCAUUCUGAACGAGUUUCAUCUUGUCAGAGGCCGACGCAGAAAUACUGGAAAGGAAAGAAUCUAGCAGAGGUGGAAACAACGGCAAUGAAGCCCGGGAAGUGGCAGGGGUCCUGUAUCUGGCAUGAUUUGCUGCCCUGGACUGUGGAUGGUGAGCUGGAGCCUGAACAAAUACUACGCUCAUCCUCUUGUUUGGUUGUCUUCUUCUAUCAUUCCUCUACAUCUUUCUCGGCCUUUUUACAUCACAGAUAUGGAGAGAUUUACACCAAGUUUGUAUGCAGGCUACAUCGACACGAUGCUUUUCCACUUGUCCGCCAACACGAACGUGCAACUUAGUCGAAGACGAUUGCGGCCUUAAUGGCGCUCUUGUUCUUCAUUGCUUCCAGACAAUCGGCCCAUUGCUCCAACUUGAAGGUCUUGUUGACAAUGCCCUUGACCUUGACCUUGCCGCUAUCUGUUUAGGAGAAUUGUCAGCCAUUGGUGUCAUCACAACGACGGAGUUCCAGCACAUACCGAGAUAGUCGAUGGCAGCAGGGAACUUGUAGGUCUCGCUGAAAGAACCGAGAAUGGUGAUCUCGUCACCAAAGAUCUUGCUUGGUGGCCAAGAGACACGGUCCUUGUUGGCAUAGACGCCAUACACGACGAGCUUGCCACCUCUUCGGACAUAGUUGAUCGAGUCCUCCAAAAUCUUGACGCUGCCGGUGGCUUCAACAACGAUGUCGAAUCCGUAUGGGUUCUCGGCCUUCAGUUUCUCGAAUUGUGCCUCUGGGUUCUUACGGGACAGCUCGACGUAUUCAUCCGCAGCAUCGAGAGACUUGGCCAGGUUCAUCUUGAGACCCUCAGGAGCAGCAAUAACGACGUGGCAGCCGCCGUUCAGACGCAGCAGCUGAGCCAAGACGAGACCCGUAGGUCCCGCACCGAACAUGAGCACACUGGAACCCAUCUUGGGAGCUAUCUUGUCCAGACCGUGGGCAGCGCAGGAAGCCGGCUCGAGAAGAGUGGCAUCGACGUCGCUGAGGUUCUUGAUCUGGAAGACUCUCUUGGCUGGGUAUGCGCAGUACUCAGCGAAGCCACCGUCCAUGGUGACACCGUGUGCUUGGAAGUCUUCACAGAGAAGCUCCUCGCCACGACGGCAGUAGAAGCAUUCUCCGCAGAGUUCAGAGUUGUCGGCAACCACACGGUCACCGACCUUGAAACCCUUGACUUUUGGUCCAAGAGCAGCAACGACACCGACGGUUUCGUGACCAGGAAUCAAUGGGAACUACGGGAGCCGUCAGCACUUGCCGCAGCUGCCGCAACCCAAUAGACCGCUUGAUCAUACCUUGGCCAAAAAUUCACCCUCAUGAAUAUGAAGAUCAGUACCGCAGACACCAGAGGCCUUGACCUUGACCUGUAUUCCCUAUGUCAGCCACCUCCGCCUCUUUUUUGAUUGCCACUGCUUGCACAUACCAAAACAUCGUGCUCACGGAGCUGAGGAAGGGGUGCCUCGACGACGCUGAAUACUUCUGGCUUCUCGUACCCUGCCACACGAGUCAGCAAUUCAUCUCUGGCACAGCAAUUCGCUCAGGAGCAACUUCAGUAAGACAGGACAUACUCAGCGCCUUCAUCUUGGAGGGGAGACCUGAGGAACCCAUGUUGACAAUUGAAGAUCGAGUGUAUAUGAAUGAGAGCCUGUGCAAUUGAGAUUGGGAAAGAUACGUGGGUUUUUGAGAAGAAGCAGUAGGAGCACGGGAAUGUUGAGUAUUAUUUCUUCGCUACGAAUAGCUCACAAAGAAAAUACGUGGAGGGGCAAUCGGUGACAGCUCUGCUUGCUUCUCUCAAAAUCCCCCCGAUCCUGAGUCCACUCCACUGGCGUGGGCGGCGACACAGGUGCGGGGUGGGGUUUGUUUCGUAUCGACAGUCGAGACUCGCCGCAGCAGCAGAAACGAUGGUCCCAUCAUGUCCCAUCCACCCCCGAAUUCCUCCAUCAGCUUCUCUCACCACCAACCAAAUCGUCCAUCUUCAGCCGUUUCGAGCUCCGAGAUAUCAUCGUGCAGCCACGUCGGUCACGUCGGUGUCCCCUGGAUCGAAACGGUGAACGGCCUAUGUCACCGCAACGCCUUAUCGAACUUUUUACUGUCCACAAGGCUUCCGCCACACCGAGCGUGUUUCGCUAGAGUCACUGUUCAAUGCAAGUCUGUCUCCUUUGCUGCACAGCUUGUCCUGUUAUCAAAAUGUCGGUGAGUCUAGCCUCGACUGGGAUACUCGCACGAUGCUCGGCCAGGUAUUAUCAUUCGUUCUCGUCCGAUCAUCACCAUAUGCAAUCUACUACAGUCUCGUACGGAGCAGAGGCUUUUGGUACUUCGAAUCCACCUGACCUGCUGUCAGAACUACGAGUACCAUGCCUGCAUGCUCAAGGGUCUCUGCCGAAUUUUCCCAUGUCGUCUCGAGGGUGCGUCCGAAAUGACGUCGACUUGCUUCACAUCAUCGACCACCAAGCUCCAGCUCCGUCAAACCUCAAAAAGGAGCAAAAAACCCACUUUGCUCCAUGCAUGGAAACGCCACAACAUGUUUCAUGUAAGCCUUUGCAGGCCUCAGAAAGGAACUAUCAAUAUACGGUGAGUCUUGCCCAGAUGCAAGCAUGAAGAAAGCGUCGUGCUGCUGCCCUCGCUAAAAUCUUUUCCCGCCCGCGUGACAGCGACUUUCGAGCUCGGAAAUGCACCAACAUGCAGCGUUCUUCUUUCUGUCGAUGCUGUGUCAAACCUGAGAAUUUAUACCUGACGAAGAGAAGAACCCAUGCAUGGAAGACUGGGUCAAUAUUGAUGCUUGUUACAGACUCCACCCUACGCUUGUCCGUCACUCUCAACCUCUUUCAGGGUGGGUGUCCUUAUCCUGGCAUAUGAUGUUCCUGACUCCCGGCACCCCAAAACGCCUUGCUUUCAUCACAACCCUGCAUAUGCAAAUGCUAAUGUCAAUGUGAUGCUGUUUCAUGC